GCGGUACAUUUUCGUAUCUGUACCGCGGUCACACUAAGUUGCGCUGCUAUUUUGUUCGUCAUUACGUUGAUUUCUUCGUUCGUUUCGUGUUUUAUUUUAAAAUGGCCGAUACAAAGGGCUUUUCCAGCAUUGAGACCCCCGGCUACGUGGGCUUUGCCAACUUGCCCAACCAGGUGCAUCGCAAGUCCGUGAAGAAGGGCUUCGAGUUCACACUAAUGGUGGUGGGCGAGUCCGGACUGGGCAAGUCUACGCUGGUCAACAGCCUCUUUCUCACGGAUCUCUAUCCGGAGCGCAUCAUCCCGGAUGCCAUAGAGAAACAAAAGCAGACGGUGAAGUUGGAGGCCUCGACGGUGGAAAUUGAGGAGCGGGGCGUUAAGCUGCGACUGACGGUUGUGGACACGCCCGGAUUCGGCGAUGCCAUUGACAACUCCAACAGCUUUGGAGCCAUCCUCGAGUACAUCGAUGAGCAAUACGAGCGCUUCCUGCGCGACGAAAGUGGCCUCAAUAGACGCAACAUUGUAGACAAUCGCAUUCAUUGCUGUUUCUACUUUAUUUCGCCCUUUGGGCAUGGCCUAAAACCCCUUGACGUGGAGUUUAUGAAGAAGUUGCACUCCAAAGUUAAUAUUGUGCCCGUGAUCGCCAAGGCAGAUUGCUUAACAAAAAAGGAGAUUCUGCGACUCAAGUGCCGCAUCAUGCAAGAGAUCGAGAGCCACGGCAUCAAGAUUUACCCACUGCCAGACUGUGAUUCCGACGAGGAUGAGGACUAUAAGGAGCAGGUGAAGCAACUGAAGGAAGCUGUGCCUUUCGCCGUCUGCGGCGCCAACACCCUGCUCGAGGUCAAGGGCAAGAAGGUUCGAGGUCGCCUCUACCCGUGGGGCGUGGUCGAGGUUGAAAAUCCCGACCACUGCGACUUCAUCAAGCUGCGCACUAUGCUGAUCACCCACAUGCAGGACCUUCAGGAGGUGACGCAGGAGGUGCAUUACGAGAACUACCGCUCCGACCGACUGGCCAAGGGCAUUAAGGGCAAGGAGAACGGCGUGAAGGCCGAGCGGGAUAGCACCUCGCAGGUGGUGGCGAACAGCGUGCUCGGCGAGAAGGACCGCAUUUUGCAGGAAAAGGAGGCCGAGCUGCGGCGCAUGCAGGAGAUGCUCGCCCAGAUGCAGGCGCGCAUGCAGGCCCAGCAAUAAGUAGGCGGGUAUAUAUUAUAUACAAGCCCUAAAUGAAGGCGGCAAUCUAUAGUUAUACACAGAAGUCGUAUAUAUAUAUAUAUACACAACAUAUAUUUUGUACGCAGAUUUUAGUUGCGAUCGCGCUUUAAUUCUACUCUCAAUUGUAAAACGACGGGCGCUAAGUAUUCUGUAUUAAUUUCGCAUUCUCCAUAUACAUAUAUAUUCGUAGGACUUAGGUAUACACACCCUUUAAAUUUAUACAACAUACACCUGCCGCGUAUGCAAAACGUCUGCAAUGCAAUUGCUCCAUCAAAAACAAAACAAAACCAUCAGCGAACUCACAUCAUAUCACUCCUAUCAAGCGAAACACACAUGAAAACAACUGUAUUCCUACUAUGUAUUUAGAAGCGAUUAACAAUGGAUUAUUAUUGUACUCUGCAUUUAAGCUAAGCAAAUCCAACCCGACUUAUAUUGCAUGUUGAUUAAUUUUUGUCUGUUUACCUUCUGUGUAGUUUCAAAGCGAGCGAAUUAUUUAGGUUAUACUUACAUGUGCGUAGCAGCCUUCCGCUCCGAUUUUACUCAACAACCAUGGGGUGUUCUCCUUCAGUUCCGCCCGAUUCCUAAGCACGAUCUGAUUGAACAAGCAGUGAUCCCUUCCUAGGCGGCUCCAGGAUCCCGUGGUUAGUUGUAUACACUCGGCUUGGCAGACUGCCCGCUAAAAAGUGCACUCCUCGAACGUAUAAAACAAAACCAAAAUGAGAAAUCUCUUUUAUUAUGUAUAUGAAGUCUUUUUUAACCCAAUAUAAUCCUCUAUGAAUACAUAUAUAUGCUUUUUAUACAAUUUGUAAA